UAAUUUUUAUAUUUCAGAGCAUUCCUGCGAAUCUUCACAGAACAACAGCAUAGAAAGUGAAGUAACUCAGCUCAAGAAACAACUGUCCAGCUGUCAGCAAGAGUUGGAAGAAUUAAAAGAAAGGUACAAGGAACUGGACGAGGAGUGUGAAACUUGUGCGGAGUACUUGAAGGAGAGAGACGAGCAGUGUCUGCGGUUGAAAAAAGAUAAACUAGCGCUGGAGAAUAUGAUCGCCGAUUUAAAAGAAAAAUUGAAGAGUAGCAAUCCAAACUAUAGCAGCAUGUCAAACACGAAAAUAAAUGUUUUGAAUGCAGCCGUUAACACCGAUGAAGAUUGGACAAACCUCCAUUCCGUGGUCGUGGAUAGAAUGUCCUUUGACGCGGAAGUAGAGAAAAAUAAGAAGUUAAUGAAAACUAUCGAGGAAUUACGUUUUAAGAAGCAUGAUUUGAAGAAAACUAUGGCCAAGAUGCAAAAAGCUUUAGAGAAAAAUACAGUUAAAGACAGCAAAGAGUUGGAAACGACGAAAGCCGAGCUACACACAUGUAAACGAGAAUUAGAGGAGUUGAAAGAGAAAUACAAGGAACUCGAUGAAGAGUGUGAGACUUGUGCGGAGUACUUGAGAGAGAGAGAUGAACAGUGCCGCAAGUUAAAGGAAGCGAAAGCACUAUUAGAGGAAAAAUUACAAGAGUACCAAGAUUCAAGUAACGUAACGCAAUCUGUACGUAAGAAGAGACAAACUCUCCAUGACAAAAACCGUUGCUCACCCGCCGUACUGACGGACGCUUCCACUGAGACAAAUGAAGAUUUGUUAAGUUCGCAAAAGGAUGAAAGCACAUUAAGAACGCCGUGUGACGUGUGUGUGACGGGUGACAAAAAUGAAAAGGAGAUAAAACAUCUCAAAGCGGCCUUGAAAAAUCUGUCCCAACAUAAGGCGGCCUUAGAACAUCAACUAUUGACUGUGUCUGCGACUCCACUGUAUGUGGCUACAGGGAGCGCUAUAAUUCAGAACCAACAAUUGACGGACGUUAUGAAAGAAAAUCAAAAACUAAAGAAAAUAAACGCAAAAUUGGUGACAAUAUGUAAAAAACGUGGCAAGUCAUUGGCCGACUCUAACAGAGAGAAUGAAGAGCCCAUGAUCAGUUGAACCGAUUGAUAUUAAUGAAUACUCAAUACUACUUAAAUUUUAUUAUAAUAGCAAGAAGCUGGAUUUUUUUGUUUUAACAAUUUUAACAUUUUUUUCAAUAACUGAAAACGAUCUUUUAUUUCGUCAAUUUUAUAUUUGUUUUUAUAAAUGCGUGAAUUAUUUGAUUUCUUUACGAAUUAUUAAAUCCUCAAUGUAUAAGACUGAAAUGCUAUGACGACAUUCCAUAAGCAUUUAUUACUUGUAAAAUUAAAUGGCUAUUGAAUGAUUGUUUAAUAAAAACUACUUUUAAAAAAUAUACAAGUCUAUAAACAAUUACAAAUAUAAAAGAAUAUUGUUUAUAACUGGAUUGUUUCAAUUGCUCAUGAACAACGUUACAAAUAAAAUCUAUUUUUAUCCAGACUUGUGCCAUUUGUAAUACAGCUGUGUAAUAUAUUAAAACGUACUUAGAACUGGUGCCUAAAUAAUAUUAAUUAUAUAUAAGCUUUUGGAAUUGUAUAAUAUUUGAUUUAUAAAUGUAUAGCUUACAAAGCUUAAACGUCCAACAAUUAUUAAGAUAACUAAUGUAAAAUCGAUUCCGAACUGAACUUUUUCUUUGAAUGUUAAAAAAAAUAUUGUUUUCCAGUUCGGAAACAGUGAUUGUAAUAUUUUAACUAUUUUAUCAUAAUUUUGCACAAAGCUAUGCCAAAAUAAGAUAGAGCACUUGCAUUUUUUUUUUUUUGACAAUUUCUAUUAUUAAGAAUAUUAUUAUAAUUUGUGUUAUAUGGAUGGUGCCUGCGCCGAGUGAAUAACAAGAAUGAUUGAUAUUAAA